CUCUUUAUUUCCGAUCUAGAUUGGUUUCGGAAAUCCUUAUCCGUGAGAGAAAGGGGACUCCUCGUUGAAUUAGAAACCUAGGGUUGGUGAACGAUUUAAGUACGGAACCCUCGUUCUUCUUUAGCCGCAAAGAUAUCAGAUCAGAUCAUCGCUCCGUUGAAGAUAUGGAAGAGAUGCGUUCUUAUGACCUUCAAGUGUUGCAAAGAAACCGAGGCUUGGGGGAGGACAUGCUUCUCAUCAGACUAACGUUGUUCAAGGCAACAGCCGGCCAAUUUAACAGCAGUUCUUAUGAAGAAUGUCAUCGAGUAGCUGUAAGACGUUAUGGGAUCAGUUUUUCAGAUAUGAAGCGGUAUUUAUCAUCAUCAUCAUGGAAUGAAAACGGGUUUACACGAAAAAUAUCUGAAACUCUUACAAGCAUGGGUGUCCCUCAUGAUUUACUGCCGGCUAUUUUUCAAACAUUGUCUCAGGUGGUUGAGGCGGCCGUCUCUGCCCACCAUAUUGAUGUGGGUGUUUGCGAAACCACUUACCUCGGGGACGGGGAGGGCGCGGGCGCGGGCGCGGGCGGUGGAGAUGUUGGAGGUGGAGGUGGAGUUGGAGUUGGAGGUGUUGUAGUUUUAGGUGUACGUGUAGGUGGUGGAGGUGUUGGAGGUGGAGAUGGAGGUGUAGUUGGAGAUGUUGGAGGUGCUGUUCGAGCUGGAGAUGGAGAUGUUGGAGGUGGAGGUGUUGGAGAUGUUAGAGGUGUAGUUGGAGAUGGAGAUGUUAGAGGUGUAGGUGGAGAUGUUGGAGGUGCUGUUGGAGUUAGAGGCAGAGGUGUAGGUGGAAUGAUUCCUGCGAUUAAAUCAUCAAUUGAUGGUUUGGAGCAAGUGACAGUUGAUAUUACUAUUAUCACACAUUCACCCUCGUGUUCUAUUUGUUUGGAGGAUUUUGCAGCUUUUGUAGAUUAUCAACAAGAACCGAUUACUCGGUUGCCUGCGGACAUCAUUAUCAUGUACAUUGCAUUGUGCAGUGGCUGGAGUUCAGCCACCUAUGUCCUCUCUGCCGAUACCAAAUGCCAACUGAAGAUGAUCAAUCAAAUUGAGGAGGGAGCCAAGCCAGCAUUGCUCAUUGAUCAAAACAGCACCCCUAUGGCAUGCCAAGAGAGCAACUUGUUGGAGGAUUACCACAGAAAACAUCCUUAAUCCUGAUGGGCAAUCCUCUCUGCUUUCAGAGCAACUUGUCGGGGAAUCACCACAGAAAACAAAACAAACUCAUUGAUUCGUGAUAGGUGCACCAAGAGCAACCUGAAAGGGGGUGCUGGCUGCACUUCUUUAGCAUAAAUGCUGUCAGUUCUUCCCAGACUGCAUGGUUGCACUUGGGUUUUUAUUUUUAUUUGUUUACUUAUUUAUGUUUUUUUUUUACUAUAUUAUUAUUUAGUGAAUCACUUGGUUGGAGUUUCAAA